UGGGUGGAGGAGCCAUGUCGGCGUCGCUCCUGCGCAAGGGCCUGGAGCUCCUCGGGGAGCCUGCGGCCUCCGGGUCCGGCCGAGGCCCCCAGAACCGGACGCCCCGGAAGCGGCUGUCCAGGAAGAACCAAGCCACGGUCAAGGGGAAGGUCACCAAGUCGGCCCUGGAGGAGUUCAAGAAGCGGCAGGCUCAGGACCACCUGCAGGAGAACCUGAGGUUUAUGAAGCGGACACGAGUGACCGCCGACCCGAAAGUCACCACGAAGGUCCUUCUCCAGAACCGAGGCAGGAAAGCCAGGGACCGACCAGCCACCAAGCCAGUGAAGGAGAAACCCCAGGGCACAGUGUUCACUGAGGAAGACUUCCGCAAGUUCCAGGAGGAAUAUUUUGGGAGUUCUGGAACCAAGUGAUGGAAAGGAAGGAGCCGUUGUCUGGACUGGGCAUGGGCUGGGCUCCUGGGCAGUAUGGGAGGAGGCUCCCUUUUCAGAACAAGGCAGACUCUGGGCCUGAGUGACUGAGAGAGCCUGACGGACAUUCAGAGGCAGGAGGGCAUGGUUUUCACUCUCUGCCACUCCCAGCUUUGGGAGCUGCCCUUCACCUUCAUCCCACACCCCUGCAAACCUCAGGACCCCAGGUGGGCUGCUGUUUGAGACUCAGCCACCAGGUGGCGCUGCUGCUCCUGCUCCCCAAGCUGGGGAGGGAGGGAGGGAGGGGAUGACCCUUGGGGGCUAGAGGUUUGAUACAGAUCCUUUUAUAAAUAAAAAUGAAAAGUCCUGCCCUGUUUGGAAUUGAGGUGAGCCUCGGUCUCAGUCUGGGGCUCUCCAUGAUGGGGCACACCUUCCAACCCUGGACAUGCCCCCAGGUGACAGUAACAGAACCCAAGGAGGGGGUGGGGGGCUUGCAACCCUGGAUGGUUGUCUAUGUCAGGGAGCCCUGGGCACCUGGAGGAGCCUUGGAGCUCUAAGAAGACAAAUGAGGAAACUGAGGCUCAGAGGGAACAGAAAUGACCUGGGGUCAUGAAGCUGGCUAAUGACAGGGCCUGGGGCUGAUGCCUCAGUGACUCUACUACUUUCUUACUAGAAAACCUAGAACUGAUGAUGCAUUCUCCUUUUUGAUUUCUAGUUUUCUGUCAAAUGUCUUAAUCCUGGCCCUGUCAGAGUGAAAUGUGACCUUUUCUCUCACAGCUGGUUCUCAAUUCAAAAAACACCUAGUAUAUUCCAGGAGCAGCACAUCGUAGGUGCUGGGGACACAAAAGAGAAGCUGAAGCAGACCUGCCCUUGAGAAGCUGAUGUUUAAUUAGGAGGAAACAGCGUAAUCACAGAAUAGGCCAUAUAAAGUCAUUUGAGCCUCAGAAAAAUGGGGCUCAUCUUGCACUUCCUUAAAGGACUGAUGGAGCAAACCCUGGGGUUGGAGGGUGGGUUAGUACCAGCACAGAGGAAAGGAUUGAAGGGAGAUCGACAACAGGGGGCAGGGUUGGGUGGAAGGGCGGAAAGGACACUUUGGUGGCUCUGCCUGCUCCCUUUCCUUGCCAUCUGACGGACAGGAAAGUAUUUCCAGAAAGAUAUUCAUUCUUACUAACCCCAGUGAAGGAAGCCAGUUUUCUUAAAUCCAAAGACCGGAAGAGCCAUGAGGAGUCUUGAAACUCAUCUCUAACUCCCUCAUUUGACACAAGGAGAUGGCAGAUCAGAGGUGAGCAGUGGUUUGUCCAUGGUCACGCAGCCAGGGGUGGGGAAUGAGAACAUCUGGUUCUGCUCCAGUUCCGGAUCCUCGCUGGAGGUGAUCUUUGGGCAUAAACAAGGAAGGCGGCCUCCCAGAUACUGUGGGGUGAGUCCUCUGCCAGUGGUAGUAACUACCCACUGUUAGAACCGUGGAGUCCUCAUAAGGAAGUGGUACCCAAAUCUCCAGCCUUCAUCUAAGGAUUAGAGGGGAUCCACAGGCCCUGCCCCAGUUCCACUUGGGAUAGCUCAAAUUAUCAGGAAAUGAAUCCUGCCUUACAUGUCUCCCCCAGUAAGAGAGCUGGCACUACCUCAGUUUUCCAUUUGUGUGCCAGCACUGAGCUUAGUGCUUGGCACAUAGCAAGCACUUAAUAAACACUUUUGUUCAUCCCAUUCCUGACAUGAAGCUGAAGUAGGCAUCUCUGCAGUUUCUUCCCACUGCCCCUCGUUUCAUCCUUUAGCCCCUUCCCCAUGACAGCUAUUGAGGGGAACUUUGUUCCCUCAUGAGUGCUCAGGCCUACUCUCCAGUCUCAGGGCCCUGCUGGUUGCUCUCCUUUGGACGUUCCUGCUCACCCAAACGCCCUCCCUUCUAGUAGAGGUGGGAGGGGUGGGUUUGGAACAUCAGAAGUUCCGUCAGAAGUGGUUUGUUUCCGUUUUGGUAAACGUUUUAUUUUCUCUUGUUUUUUGUUACUAGAGAUGGCUUAUUGGGCAGGGGAUGGCCUAUACCUUCAUUUGGAAAUGAAAGUAAUGUUAAAAAAUCCAUACAAAUGUAAAGCUAUUUCAAAAUAAAUAAAUGUGCCCAGGGCUGAGUCCCAGCUAA